CUGAAAGCGGCCGCAACGCCAUGUUGGCGAAGUCUCCCAUCUCUGUGAGAAAAAAAAUGAUAGAAAACAUAAUUGCCGAGAAGAAAAGGUAAAACGCCGAGGGAGCAAGAAGAGCGCGGCCACUUGUUUGGUUUGGAAGAAAACGAACCGAGCCGGAUCCGCAGAGGUUCCCGGACGGACGAGGGAGGCUAAACCUCCCAACCGUCCCCAUGAACAGCACCGCUGAUCCGAACAGCGACUUUCCAUGAAAAAAAAGACGUUUUUGUGUUUUGCUAUUUGAGCUUCGUUCUCCCGGCUCGUUAAAGGGAUUUGGGGCCUGCUUCAGGAUCAGCUACGCUUACUAUAUGAAUGCAAGCUAAGCUUUGCUUGCAUCAGUAUUUAUUAGUGUUUUAUUUUUGAUUUUUUUUUCUUUUUCUGCGAUGAGUUUGCCACCGAAAGUGGUCGCUAAGCCCACCGCUGUCGCAGUUAGCGGACCUGGAAGUGGCCCCUCUCAGUCGAACCAACUGCGGGCUACCCUGACCUCCGUGUCUCUACCGCCGGGAGCCCCAACUGCUCCCCAGCCUGGCGCCGUACCACCACCUCCGUAUCCUUUCACAUGGGUACCCCGGCACCCUGGCCCUGCUUACACAACUCACGACAUCACAAAGGGACACCCCAACUUGGCGGGAACGCCGCCUGGUCAUGCCCACUCCCCAGCGCUCUCUCAGGUAUCAGUACCCACAGCUUCCCAAUAUCGCUACCCUAAGGGCUGGGAGGCAGGCGGAGGGUCACCGUAUAACACCGGGCAAAACGCUGUCUCCACUUCCUUAGUGUAUUCUCACCAAACACAGCCAAUGAAUGCACAGCCACAGAGUCGCCCGUUUGCUACGGGCCCUCGACCAACCCACCAUCAGGGAGGAUUCAGGCCCAUCCAGUUUUUUCCAAGAACUCAGAUGCAAACUGCGAGGGCCUCAAUGCCGACAAACGCACCCUCCAUACGUCCCGGCUCGCAGACUCCUGCGGCGGCUGUCUACCCCACCAAUCAGCCAAUCAUGAUGGCCAUGGCCCCCAUGCCUUUCCCAUCCCCACAGGCUGCACAGUACUACAUCCCACAGUACCGCCCUAGUACGCCCUAUGUGGGACCGCCACAGCAGUAUUCGGUCCAGCCUCCAGGCUCUGGCACCUUCUAUCCUGGUCCAGGACCAGGGGAAUACUCCAACCCAUACCAUCCCCUCAGGUACCACCCUCCUGUGUCCCCCUCUGUCCCUGCACCCGUUCAAACAGCUGGCCCGACCUUCUACCCUGGGCAGACACUGUUCCCCCACUCGCCCUCCAUCAUAGUGCCUACACAACAGCAACCUCAGCAGGCCAGGCGUGAGAAGAAAACAAUCUGUAUCCGUGACCCGAAUCAGGGUGGCAAGGAUAUCACAGCAGAGAUCUUGGCUGGGGGCUCAGGGAGCAGGAACUCAACGCCUCCUGUCGGUCCUUCCUCCACCCCAACAACACCUCCACAGCACCCAAGCAGCAGCCAGACUCCGGAGCAGCAGCAUUCGCAGCCCUCUCCUCCUGCUCAGCAGCAACAGGCCCAUCCUGGAAGUGUUACACCGGAGCCGCAGCAGAUACAACAGCAGCCGCUAACAAUUGGGGCUCCAGACAGCAAACCAGGACCAGUUGAUUUGCCAAAAUUGGAGCCAGUGGUCCAGCAGUCUUCCUCUCCUGCUCUCUUGCAGCCUGAAGCUCCCUUAGAGAGAAUGGAGGCCGCUAGUUCUGGGCCUGAGCCCCCUGCCUCUGUGGAGUUAGAGCUUCCCUUCCGCGACGCUAUCGUUUCCCCCCCUACAGUAGCUAACUCUGCUCCCUCGGCCAGGGAGUCCGCUGCUUCAGCCCCCUCCUCUGUCGGAGAGAACAAAUCGUCCCUGGUAGCACCUCACAUGCCCAGCACAGACAAACCGCUUCCAGACGCCCCGCAGACUUUCGGCGCUUCUCCGUCAGCUUCUCCUAAGGCUUUGAAUGGCCUCACCGAUUCGGGGAACGAGCUCGAAGUCGUAGCUCAAGAGUCGCCGCUCCUUCCCCAGGCGGCGCUGCACCCGCUGGUUGCUGCUUCCGUUUACAGAGACGCCUCAUCCUCGGAAGCCGUGCCCUCUGACGUGAGGCCAGAUGUGCCAAUCGCUGCUGUGCUGUCCCCUUUGUCACCUGUUGCCGUGGUGCCUGUCACCCUUACCUCGAGCCCCCUCCCAGCUCUGUCAGUUAUGCUCCCCCCUGGCCUUCCGCCUCUUGUGCAGGCCACAGCAGAGGCAGAUGAGCCCAACAAGACCUUAGAUAUAAAAGACCUCAUGUCCAGAGGAGGGAUGGAGGCGCAGGGUGGCAUUAACGAGAGCAAAGUGGAGCCUCAGCUACAAGCGCUGGCCAGGAGGAGCCCCACAGCAGUGAAUCAGACGUCUGCUAUACCAAAGACCUGGAGAAAACCAAAUGAAACGUUCAGUGCUGGAGACGCGCAUCAAAAGGAGGAUGAGGAGGAGCCCAAAGUUCUCGACUCGCCUGCAAGUGAGCAGGCCCUUCAGUCGGCCCCUCUCAGCAGCAGUCCUGGCCCCCUGCCGACAGUCUUCCCCUCUGCUGCUGCUGCCCCGACACCUGCUCCCACCGUUAGCCCCGACGCUGACGGAAAGCCCACCGUUUCUGAGGAAAACGGCGAGGCAGAGUCAGAGCCCCUGAGAAACGGAGCGGGCCACACGUCGGAGACGGAGAGCAGCGACAGCGGAGCCACCCCUGGAGACAAGGAGAUCUCCACGGAGGCCCCUCAGGAUGUCGAAGACCUUGCUGAGCUGAGUGGGAAGCGGCAGUAUGGCAGAGACUUCCUGUUGAACUUCCAGUUCAUGCCUCAGUGCAUACAGAAACCUGAGGGGCUCCCCCCAAUCAGUGAUGUAGUGCUGGACAAGAUGAACCAAAACAAGUUGUCAUCCCGGGUGGUGGACUCCAGGGUGAUUUCUAGGGGACCUGAUUUCACGCCUGCAUUUGCAGAUUUUGGGCGACAGAUGAGUGGAGGACGGGGAGCAGCUCUUAUGAACCUGGGGACACGACGGCCUCCGCCCAGGAAGAUCAUCGUAAACGUGUCCGUUAACGAUGACAUUCAGCUGAAGAAGUCGGAGAACGCCUGGAAGCCCGGCAUGAAGAGGGAGGGCCAACCAGAGGAUCCAGAGACUCAGAAAACUCAGGAGCUCUUCAGGAAGGUCCGCAGCAUCCUGAACAAGCUGACGCCACAGAAGUUCAACCAGCUGAUGCAGCAGGUGACGGAUCUGACCAUUGACACAGAGGAGAGGCUCAAAGGGGUCAUCGACCUGGUUUUUGAGAAAGCCAUCGAUGAGCCCAGCUUCUCUGUGGCUUAUGGACAAAUGUGUCGGUUCCUUGCAAAGCUCAAGGUGCAGAUGACAGAUAAACCUCAGACCUUUGUAAAUUUCCGCGCUCUGCUGCUACACCGCUGCCAGAAGGAGUUUGAGAAAGACAAGGCAGACGACGUGGUGUUUGAGAGGAAGCAGAAAGAGCUGGACUCUGCUGCAUCGGCUGCAGAGCGUGACCGGCUUCAGGAGGAGCUGGAGGAAGCCAAGGACAAGGCCAGGCGGCGCUCCAUUGGCAACAUCAAGUUCAUUGGUGAGCUCUUCAAGCUCAAAAUGUUGACUGAAGCCAUCAUGCACGACUGUGUGGUCAAGCUGCUGAAGAACCAUGACCAGGAGUCCUUGGAGUGCCUGUGCAGGCUGCUUACCACCAUUGGAAAGGAUCUGGACUUUGAGAAGGCCAAGCCUCGCAUGGAUCAGUAUUUCAACCAAAUGGAAAAAAUUGUUAAGGAGCGGAAGACAUCAUCUAGGAUACGAUUUAUGCUCCAGGAUGUUAUAGACCUCAGACUGCACAACUGGGUGUCCAGGAGAGCCGACCAGGGUCCAAAGACCAUCGAGCAGAUCCACAAGGAGGCAAAGAUUGAAGAGCAGGAAGAGCAGCGAAAGGUGCACCAGCAGCUGCUCUCCAAGGACAGCAAGAGACGGCCAGAUCCAAGAGAGCAGAGGGAGUCACGCAAAGAGGAAACCUGGAACACGGUGCCCAUGACGAAGAACAGCAGGACCAUCGACCCCAAUAAGAUCCCAAAGAUCUCCAAGCCUCAGAUGGAUGAGAAGAUCCAGCUUGGCCCAAGAGCUCAAGUCACGUGGGUGAAGGGCAGCAGUGGAGGAGCCAAAGCCAGCGACUCGGAACUAUCUCGGACGGCUGGUCUGAACCGUUUCUCUGCACUGCAGUCCACACCUUUACCUCAGCCUUCCAGCACCCCUCCACAGAACCCUGACUAUGACUCCAGAAGAACUCUGGGAAGCAGUCGGAACAACUCGGUCCGGGAACGUAGUGAAAAGCCGCUGAUCUCAGCCCAGCCUUCAUCUCGACCCGGUCCGUUCGUCAGAGGCAGCAGUUCCAAAGAGCUGCUUGAAACUCCAAACCCAGAGGAGCUGAGGAGAGACCGGGAGCGAGAGGGAGCAGAACCCCAGAGGCCGAGCGUCGCCGAGGAAAAAGCUGAACCGGAGCGAAGCAAAGUCAGGGAACCAGUGAAACCCGAGCCAGUGCUUCAAAAGCCAGACAGACCUGCGCGAACGGAGGAGGAGAUCGAGAGGAAGUCAAAGUCCAUUAUUGAUGAGUUUCUGCACAUAAACGAUUACAAGGAGGCUAUCCAGUGUGUGGACGAGCUGGACUUGGGCCCUCAGUUGCACAUCUUUGUGCGGAUCGGGGUGGAGUCCACCCUGGAGCGCAGUCAGAUCACACGGGACCACAUGGGCCAACUCCUCUUCCAGCUGGUGAAGCAGGAGAUUCUGCCUAAAGCCCAGUUGUACAGAGGGUUUGCAGACACGCUGGAGCUGGCUGAUGACAUGGCCAUCGACAUUCCCCACAUAUGGCUGUACCUGGCCGAGCUGCUCAGCCCUUUGCUGAAGGACGGAUGCUUCUCUAUGAGAGAGCUCUUCAGUGAAUUAAGCAAACCUUUGCUUCCUGUUGGAAGAGCCGGGAUCUUGAUAUCUGAAAUACUGCACCUACUAUGCAAACAAAUGAGCCAUAGGAAUGUGGGAUCGUUGUGGAGGGAAUGCAGCCUGAACUGGGCUGACCUUUUAGCCGAGGGGGAGGACGUCCAGGCUUUCAUCUCACAGCAGAAACUCCAGUUCCUUCAACCAGAAGGUUCUGAGGAGGUGCAGACCAAAAGGAUCUUGUCUCCUGAGGAGCUGAGUCAGAAGUUAGAGAAACUCCUCCUGGAGGACAUGGCCAGUGAUGAGCAGAUCUUUGACUGGGUGGAGGCAAACCUGGACGAGUCUCAGGCGAGCUCAUCUCCCUUCCUGAGGGCUUUGAUGACGGCUGUGUGUAAAGCAGCAGUGUGUAAAGCAGCAGUAAAAGAUGAGAACCCUAGCUGUCGCGUGGACACGGCCAUCAUCCAGAAGAGGUUGCCUGUUUUACUCAAGUACCUUAACUCAGACACUGAGCGACAGCUGCAAGCACUUUAUGCACUUCAGGCGCUGAUCGUUUCUCUUGAUCAGCCUCCAAACCUUCUCCGGAUGUUCUUUGACUGUCUGUACGACGAGGACGUAAUCUCGGAGGACGCUUUCUAUAAGUGGGAGACGAGCAAGGACCCUGCCGAGCAGGACGGCAAAGGCGUGGCCCUCAAGUCCGUCACGGCUUUCUUCACCUGGCUGCGGGAAGCUGAGGAGGAGUCUGAGGACAAUUGACGAGGGCGAAUCCCGGGACACGACGUUAUGGAAGGGCAUCCUAAACAGCAGAACAAAUUUCUAAAAUGGCUGCACGGACUGGGCGGCGUGUUUACGGCUGGAACUUCUUCCUUUUUUUUUUUUUUUCUUUUCUCUCCGCCUGCGGUACAGUUCUGAAACAUACCGCCAUCUUCAGUUUGGAUUCCAACGGUGGAAGCACUAAAUACUGUAUCAUACAUAGAAAAUAUUUUUGUUUUAAAUUUUAACUUACUUUUUUUGUUACGUUUUUAAGAAGAGACUUAAAGAUACAUAGGUUCUGGACUCCUUAAUUUAUUAUUUUUUUAAGGACUGCAAAUAUGAAAAUUAUUUAACAUUUGCAGAUGCUCACAGUGAGAACGCAACAACAGAAAUAACAAUAUAAUUAUAAUAACAAAAUAAUUGAGGUAAAUAUCCUCCCUGCUUUUCACUCUGGAUGAGGACAGGGUAAGAGCGUCUUUAUUUUAGGUUGAAGGCGAAGCAGAAAGGAGAUAAUAAACGAGAACUCAUAACUCUGUGGUCAAAGGUCAUCUCGUUAUCACCAGGAAGCUAGUUUCCUCAGCCUCGACUCGGCCUGCGUUGGUAUGAACUCAACCGCCUCAAGUGAGGUAAAAUAUGCAUCCAGGUAAGAGAUGCAAAUCAGAACUGUUAAUGCGCAGAUGAACAAAGUGAAAAAGAACUAAAGUUCAGCAUCCAUCGCAAAGGCCAGGGUCGCUGCAAACAAGAUGCUUGUAAUUCUCAUGACCUUCGGAGCAGAUGAAAGCUUGUAAAUACAUUAAAGAUGAAAAAUGUAUUUAAA